AAACUGCUUUUCAACAUGAUGCGAGGAGGUCGCUAAUGUUUUGCAGUGUUAUCGUUGCCGUACAAAAAUAUUUUGACUAAUUUGUACCUACCGGGUGCUUGGUCAUCAGAAACGGGAAUUAACUAAGGAACUUGCCAUGAAAACAAAUUGAACAGAAUUGAUAUUGCUCGUUUAUGAUUUUAUAGGUUAUUUUAUUUUCAACAGAAAUGUUUAAAUUUGAGCGACUAUAGAAUCUGCCCAGAAUAUGCUUUCUCAGUUGCAGUUCGUAACUACCACAAAGCGAACUAGGCGGGUUUCGGGAACUUGCAGCCCAACAUGUGGUUGAAACGAUAUCCUUGCCUGCUUGGCAAACUACCACGAACAUUUUUAGCAAUUCUAAAUGAGAUAUUUCUUUGGUAAAGACCUUUCAUUUAAUCAAAAACACCACCAAAACUUCUGUUUAAAAGGCUUUGUAUGCUACUGGGAUACAAAGAGAGGGAUCGGCAAUGUCCUUGUUUCGGGACGUACGUGGAAACCGGCACGAUGGGUCCUGUGUGGGCUUAUCCGGCAAACAACAGAAGGGAAACCCAAUAAAUACUUGCUACGAACAGCUGCGAUCGGGCCCAGUGUUUGAAAAUUUGGUGUGUUUGCUUUUUCGUUCAUUUUCCUGAGGAAGGUCAGGAUCGAAGAUGUUCACUUUUUUUUGCCGGUGGCCAGCUUCUAGUAAACAGAACAGACAUUAAUUUGAUAAACCUCCUAACACCUGAGAUCAACAAACAAAUUCCUCUAACCAAUUUCAAGGCAUUUGUGUAUAGCAUUUGUUGGGAGAACUUGAAAAACAGAUCGACAAAUUUUCUUUUUGGUGACCAGAUGAAUGCGUUUAUUCCAAUAACCCGCAAGUGUGACUUUGAAUUGAAAUUUUGAAGAGAUUUUAGUUGCUCAUCACUCUGUGUUCAGUAAAAGACUAGAAUGCUUUCCUUAGUUUGAAGCCGACUUCUACUGAGGCGUUAUCCUGCGUGAAACUUGCUCUUUUCUAAGUCCUGAGACAUCAAGUAUUUCCAAAGCCUUUGCCUAAAUCAAAUUAAAACAUUGCCAAGCCGUGCGGUCUGAAAUUGGUAUUUUGUGAGUCUUAAUAACAGCUAGUAUCUCCAAACACCCUUAAUUGGCUGAUCAAAGAAUUAUAACUGCUUGCCAACAAAGUCGCGAGUUCAAGUUUAUCAGCGAGGACGCUAUAAAUCCAACUGUUGAGAAAGUCGCGUAACUACACUGGUUUCUUCCUGACUGUGUGGGAUUCGAAAACGUGACAAACGCAAUAUGUUCAACAGGUUUUAUGAGGUGAGACGACCACUGCAAGAAUUGACUAGCAUUGUAAACAGCAUCGAUGCGAAACUAUCAAGAGAAAUGUAUAUCCAUUUUACUGUACUGUUGUCAGCUACCUUUCCUAUGAUUUUCUCAAUCGAAAUCAACUUGCGAGUUCAUUGUGAUGGUCUGUAUAUGGGCAAGAAGAAAAGAAAUUCUAGCGAUAAGAAAUUCUACCGAUGUGGGCUGUUUUUUGGGGUGUUAAUUUUCAUGUCCGGUCGAAUCGUUUCUCACUGGAUGGUCUCUGACAGAGAAGACAGAGUACUUCGUCAAUUUACACAUGUCUUACAUGUUAUAAUAGUGACUACUCCCUUACAUUCGUACCCAAGACCUCUCGGCUAUACAAAUACAGUCAACGUUUCAACAUGGCGUCGCGAAAGCUGGUCUUGUCGAAGAGCACCGUUAAACAGACAAACUGUUUGAAAAAUUGGAAAACCAAACACCGUUUCUGGGGAAAUUUGUUCAAAUGCGUGUGCAAGCAAGGUCUACAGAACAGGGAGGACUUGGCAAUCCUUUACACACUAUUAGUUCGAAGGCUCGUUUCUACGAAUGUCCUGCGUGAAAUCAAGUAGCAAUAACAUGUUGUGUGAAUUGUGUAACGAGAAAGCGGCCAUAACGUGCCAACAUUGCAGAGUCGCCCAGUACUGUUGUGUUGAACACCGAAAGAGCGACUCGAAGUUACAUCGGAAGAAAUGUCUAGGACUGUCUACGAUGGGACAGCAAGAACAUUUUAGAGACUCUCGACCUAGGUUGAAUGGUUACGAGGUAAUGGACCUUCUUCAAAUUUCUUACCACGAUCAGGCAAAAGCUGUUGUUGAAACUUUAAAAAAACAGGGUUAUUGUUAUCUGGACGACUUUCAUGGAGAAGAUAUAGCAAGAAAAAUCCUAGGCGAAGUUAAGGAAUUACAUCACCGUCAACGAUUCACUGAUGGACAACUUGUUUCAUCAAAUGGGAAUGGAAGUAUGUUGAACAAGAAAAUACGAGACGAUAAAAUAGCCUGGAUUGAUGGUAAAGAAGAAAAUUGUGCGACCAUUUCGUUUCACAUGGCAAGAGUGAACGCGUUAGUUCGUGAAUGUAAUGGACUUAUUGACGAGUACGACAUCGAACACAGAACGAAGGCAAUGGUUGCAUGCUAUCCUGGUCAAGGCACUGGAUAUAAGAGACAUGUAGAUAAUCCUAAUCAAGAUGGACGAUGCAUAACAACGCUUUACUACUUGAAUCCAGGCUGGACAGAGGAGGUCAGAACAUUUAUUUAUUUCUCCUUUAAUCUCAUUUUCUUUCGACAACAACAAGCAACUUACAUGUAGUGUACAUUCAUCAGGGCGUCUUAAUUCUGUGUGACAGCA